GCCGCCGAGGUUCAAACGUGAGCCAGCGGUCUGUUGUUUCCACCGUGGUCGCGCUCUUCUGUGCCUUUCUAGCUCCUCGACAACGUCCGAAUGGGAAGAAAAUAUCGACUAACGAACGCUCGAUUUCUGUCGGCGUGUUGAAGCCCAGCCGUACGCCGCCGUGCAGUGCCGCAGAGAAGUGGCGUGGGCCUGCUGCCAACAGGAUGAACCCUGGCCAACAGGUGCCAAGCAUAGAGCACUGUUGCUGCCUUCAUGGACGUGCUGGGGGCUUUGCUCACUGUCCUCCUGUCCAGCUCAUGCACUGCUGUGCCGCUGAAGCCAACCGUCUCACUAGAAGCCCUCUCCACCGACCAUCAGGGAUUGAGCUUGCCAGAAGCAGGACGAUUAAUCAACACCAGUGUGGAUGGCAACCCACCAGCACCGACAGAAACAACAAAGUUAGCUAAUGAUGCUUUCUUGCAGAGUUCUGUGCACACAGCCGACAGCGCAACUUCUGAGCCUCACCACACUUCAACGUUCCCUGCAUUUGUCCUCAGCACGUCUGAAAAGAGCAUUACAGGGGACCCUGUUUUGUCAACAGUGAAGAUGAUAGGUAGCGAAGAUGUGGCGAGCGCAUCAAAAGACAAGCACUCCAUGGUGUUAGAAACACUCUCCCAUCUGCAAACUACCACACAAGCCUCUUUGAAGUUGGAUGUGCUUGAUUAUCAACUAAGCUCCCUCAAGAACAAGUCAGCGGAUAGACAGGUGACCACAUUCCCUGGAAGCAUGCCUUCGGCCUGGGUGACAACUGGACUUCCAGGUGCCACUCAGAAAAGGGUGCUGAAGCCAAAAGUAGAACCUGCUGUCGGUAAAUCAUCAGUUGUGUACAAAGCACCCACAUCACCAUAUGCUGUUGGUGAAAAGGAGGCAACUGCAGUUCCUAGGGUUGCCAGUCACAACCAAGCUAAUAAUGAAGGCCUGCAUGUUUCAGUGGAAGGACCAACCAUUAAAGAGCUUACGAGUCAAGUUCCACCAACUGCAAACCCUAAUGUACCAACUCACAACUACUUUAGAGUACAAAGCCUGACAUGGCCCACCGCAGAGAAUUAUGGAAUCACUGAUGCACUAAACAUUACAACCACAGAGACAAUGCAAGCAACCACAGUGCUGUCCAGCACUCUCCCACCUUGGAACAAUGUGGAUUUCGUGCAAACUUCAGCACCUACAGCAACAAACAUUAGUGUGGAGCAUGAAUAUAAAAGCAAUGAAGCAGUAGAUGUUGAACGUCAGUUAGAGAGUCUUGUGUCAACACAACGUCCAACCAAGAGACCUUCGACUGCCCAAAGUCAGACCAUCCAGCCUUCAACCACAGAUUCUUCAUUCUCAUCAAGUGCCGACUUAGUUAAAAUUACAACCAAGCAGAACAACACAUUAAAUGAGCGCCCUGUAUCCCAUUUGGUGACCAACACACCACAAACCAAGGAAGGCUCAAGUGAAGGCAACAUGCCACUACCAACAUUGAGUGACCCAGUGAACUGCACAUCAGUGUUUUGCACAGCUGAACAAACACCACACUCACUAAUGGGCUCUUCUGAUAUGGCUGCUGCGGUUAAACACAGUGUUACAUUUCAGGAAAAUACAAGCCAGAAUGCAGAUGAUGGUGCAUCUUUGGGCACUCUUGAGAAUAUUGAAUCAAGUGCCACUGCUGUCACAGUGCCUGAACCUAUUCUGGAAUUCAACACAGCCUCUCUGGAACACCCUGAGAUUGCCAACUCGUCAGUGGCGACUUUUCCUCUGCAAACCAAUUAUGUGACACUAGCCAAGAUGACAAGCAUGCCACCCACCUCUAUCCCUGCUGGCACAUCAACAAUGGUUAAUUCAAGUGAAGCAUCAGUGAACCCACAGAAUGUGUCGGAUCCAACAAGCAUGCUGACAGAACAUGUCAAAAUGUCCACAGAGGCUACUGACUAUCGUCACGAAGCAUUCCAAACAACGCCGUCAGAAGAAAGCAGCAUAUCAACUGUUGCAGCGAUAACAACAUACGGUUCCUUUGAUACUAUGCUCACAUCACCAUCCUCUCAUCAUAGCAACACAUUUCCUUCGGCAGAUGACCACGACACGUUGUCUCUAAACUAUGACAGAGAAAGCACCACGGAGCUGACACCAUCGCAACCCAUGGAAAAUGAAACAGUUAUGGAUAUACUUCCCGCUGCACCAAGUACUCCAGUAGGCUCAGUAUUAGGCACAUUUUUGGAAGACAGUGUGACUAAUUCUGACAAUUCUAAAAUGCCAAAUACAACUAGUGCUGUUGAGCAUGAGGAGAGUUCAGCAGGCACAGGUGACACUGCAGAAAAACCAGGAAUGAUUUCUGGCACUACUGCUGCGGAAGUAGAGGGGCAGGAAGUGUUGCCGGAACUAACACAUGAAGGCCUGCCGACGCAACUGCUUGUGAGUGAACCAACAGAACAUUUUACAUUUUGGAAGGAAAAUGAUACUGCUCACGAGAAGCUUGAAACAACUCGAGCUUUGAGUGCUGUCACAGAAAGCAGUGCGUCGUCCGAUUUCUCGCACGUUUCAAGUGAUGGACUCACUAGUGUUGUUUCAGAAGUGACAACUACACUACCCGCAAACCCAGACAGUUCAGAGGAGAGCGAGCCAGUUUCACCGCAUACUCCAGCAAGUGCAAGCGACAUCGCUUUGGAGGUGACUUCACCACAUGUGGAGCAGAGUACCUCAGAGAAGAGCACUGUUUCUGCAGCUGUGCCUUCUGAAGAGACAACGGUGAUGCCAAGGCACGGAGCCUCGGAAGACGGCACUUCGGCUGAGCUGUCGACUCAAGCGCCUGCCAUAUCAAGUUCCGAACAAACAGUGAAAGGCACACUGCCAACCUGCGUGCCCUUGGAGCCGCCGCGGAGUCCAACGCACGAGUUCCGGCUGGUGUUCAACACUUCGGCCGAGUUCUCCUGGGAGCAGGUGGAAGCCCUUGAGAGGCGCAUCCAGCACUUUUCCAAUGACAGCACUUGCCCGCGCCGCUUCGCACGCACUGCUUUUGCUCUUGGACCCCCACACGUACUCAGCUGGACAGACCCAUCGGCCAAUGCGAGCUGGUGCGAUCGUGACGCUGUAGACUUCCUGCUGCGUUCCAUGCGCGCCAACACUGGCCACCCUACACCCGAGGUGACAAGGGCCUUCUACCCAGAGUUUAAGAUCGUCGCCAUCGAGCUUCGUUACCGUGGUGCAUGCGCGGAUCGCCGGGGCACCACGCCAUUCCCAGUUGCGGCCACAGCCAUCGGCGUUGUCCUCGCAGCAGCGCUUGUGGCCGGCUUAGUCCUCUGGAGGGCACUGCGACUCGCGUCCCCGCGGUCACGCAAGCUCAAUGUCACCAGCAGGUCCUCCGCGACGCAACAACAGCCACCUGGCAACUCAUUUGAUCUAAAGCAGCGUCGCCCUGUACUCCUUCCGGGAGAGAAUAGGGCACCGGCCGGCGGCGCCAAUGGCACUCCGAGCAAGAGCCCGCACACUAAGCCCAACCCCCCAUUUGUGGUCGACACGGACUUCUGCUACAUCAAUCCCAACUUCCUGGAGGUGGUGAAGCCUUCGCCGCCGCCACCACCACCAUACCGGAGGUCGCUCGACAGGCGCGUGCGCAGUCUCGAGGCUGUGCUGCCUGCUCCACCCCCGAGGCCACCGCACGGUCCUCACUCAACUCUUGGGAGCCGCAGCAAGAGCCAACUGCCGGCGGAGCAGGAUGAAGGAAAUUGCACAUCGUCCAGUUCUGGGGUCGAGUCGGACGCACAACCGUCUGGGGAGGCCAAGUCCAAUGAGAGCAGCUGAAGUAGUGCAGCCAUAAAUGAUGGCACAACAACACUUCAGGAUGUAUUUCGUAUGAAUUUGCCUUUCCUUAUUGGCUAUUGGCCCCAGCUUUCUCUCGGCACCACAAUUUAGAAUGACUGUAUUGCUGUUGAGUUUGAUAUACAACUUUGUGGUUUUCCUUGGUGGAUACUAAAUGACUUGGCAUGAAAUUGUCCAAUACUGCAUUCAGCCAAACAGGAAUAUGCAAUUUUCUACCCAUGUGUUGCUCCAAACUGGAAUAUACUAUCAAUCAGAUAUGGCACACGUCAGUACACAAUGAGCUUGGCCAAUACAGGACAAGGGCACUUGGACAUCUCUGGGUGAGAGAGGCCUUUAUGCUUAGACUCAGUCAGUAACUUCCAGAGCACAUUCAUUGUAAAGGGACAAAUCACUCCAAUGAGGCACUGUGCUGGCUCUUACAUUCUGCAAAAGUAAACGUGUCAAUUAAGAGCUUCAGCUGCCCCUCAAUAAUAAUGGUGUCACGUGGUCAAUUUCGAUCGUAAUCAGGCCCUAUCCAGAUUGAGUGCUGCUACACGGUCACUUUCGAUCACAAUAUUGCUCGAUCCAGAUUAUUGCAAUCUGUGCACCACGAAUGAGCUUUAAUUGCCAUCACAGGCUGUACCCGCUAGCUCAUUGUGCUAGGAAAUGCUAAAAUCAAAAAGUAAAAGUAGAAAAAUAAAAAUACCCAAAAAAGAUUUUUAUAAGCAAUAGUACAUAUUUUCUUUUAAAAAAGGAGCUUUUACAGCAUAUUAGACAAACUUUAUAAGUGCUUUGGACCCACUAACAACACCUGCUGGGCUCACCCAAACUUGAUCUGGAUCAUUGGAGUGUGUAGCAGCGAUCAAUGUCGAUCGUGGUCAAGAAAUUCAAUCCGGAUUAGGCUCGAUAGAAAUAAAAAAUGACCUAGAACACCAGUAUAAACUUUGUUGUUUCAUAGGUCCAGCCCUCACAAGCCUUCAUUGUUUAACUGCGCGAACAAACGGACCACACAAACGGCAGGAACAAGGACGGGCGCAGUCCUUGUUCCCCGAUGUCUCUGUGGUCCGUUUGGCAGUUAAACAAUGUUUGCCAAUAUGCACCAACAACAAGUUCUUCUAAACCUCACAAGCCAUCAGUUUGUAUCAUGUCAAUGCAAACCUUUUCUUUGGAUAUAUUAAAAUGAGAAUGUAAGCAACAACAAAUAAGGACACAAAAUUAACACACCCAGCCACUUCCGAUGACUUAAGUCAUUGAAAGUAACACAAGACUAUGCAUAUUAAUAUAAAAACCAAUACAGGAGAUUUUCUAUCAUCUCGGCGAUCCAGGCUCGAUACCACUGCGUAACACGCAUUUUCCGCCCCCAGAAAUUCCAAUAAGUCUGUGUAUGUCGGCUCAUCAUUAGGCGUCCUUUGGAACUGCACCAGCCUCGCGAUUUCAUAGGUGCACUGGUGCUUAAACCAGAACGCACAACGAAGUCGCGUCAAGUGUUGCAUGGGCAGCUGCAACAUCUUGCUUUUGUGUGCGGGAUGUCUAAAACUGCAUAAUCCUCAAGCAUAAUUGCUGGCAAAUGUUUUUAUUCUGAACAGUUGAAGCCCUUAUGUACUGAUUUUAAAACUGAAUUUAUGACAAUUCAUUGAGCAUACUUUUCAACCAAAAAUGUGCAACUCUGGUGAUGUCUGUAGCUUGGUUGGUCAAUCGUGAGUUGUUUUGCAAGACAAACGGGCAGCUGGCGAUGUGCUCUGCGUCCAUAAAGCGUGAGUCGGCCAUUUUGCUGUGAAAUGAGACGUGCGGGUUGAGCAUGCUGCACUUGCAAGAGCAAGUAGACAAAAAUACGUCCACAGCCAAUUUAUAACCAUGUUGCUUCAACCAAGUGGGCUUAGUGCUAAUGUGCAAGCUGAUGCCAUCCUUCUCGGCAGGUACCCCAGAAAGUAUCUGUAGUGCAACUCGAUUGAAUUCAUUUGUCACUGCAAUAAGCAUUUGUUUCCCGCUGUGCCACUCCUCAAUGAGGCACACAACUUUCACUGCCAUUCUCUGACUGGGCUGCACCCUUAUGACACCGACUUUUGUUUGAAAAGCAUGAGAAGCGGGCACUUGUACAAUGUAUUGAAUGCUGCGUAAAUAAGAGUGCUACGCAAUAGCAUUAUCACGACAGAAGGGGUCCUUCCUUGUGUGAAUGAUAUGGUUAUGCACGAACCAACUAGGGGCCAGGUUCUGCUAAAACACCGCUCUACAAUGCAAGCAAUGUGAAACAGAAGGCCAAGUUAUUUCGCUAGACCAGUCCUGGGGCACCCAGUUUGUGUGACUUAUUUCACCCGUGAUAACCAGAAAUGCGCAUGACAUUGGCAGGCAGACUUAGCUGCAACAGCCAUCCCAUCAUCGUGCAUCUGCCAUUGUUAAGGUGUGGCAUUUUGCUGUUUCAGUGAGAGACUGUUCUGCUGCAGUGAAAUUUCCGUUUCUUUUGUUGGCCAUGUAGGACGCAUACUUCUCAUUUAUCAUUAAAUGGAUAGCCAGUUAAUUCACCCACACAUAGCUUUAAACUAAGAAUAAUUGACAGAAAAACUGCAAAAUGUCGCCUCCAAGCGAAAUUUGGCUGAAAUUUAGCCAAAAUAGCUCCUGUCCUUAUUAUUUAUGCAACAUUCUGCACUUACUGCUACAUCUAGUACACAGAGCCAAGUUCUGAAACACAUUAUACAUGACGUACAAACUGUGUGACAUUAUCUACAACUUUAUUCUACACGUGUUUUCAGCAUUGUGCAGGUAGAAAAAUCCAGUCUUGCAGCAAGUUUUGCCAAUAAUGCUGCAGCAGCAGUAGUGUGCACUACCUUUGUUGUCAGGGAAAAUUUCUGGUUAUCUGUAAAAGUCUGCGCAUGAAAAAGCGAUUGCGUCAUCUAAUUUAUUUUUCUUAUUUUUACUGUUACGGACUAGAAUUAUGUUUGCCCAGUGAAAUUUACGAGCUGUGCAUGGUAUUCACUUUUGUGGCGUUCAGCUCGCUCAAGAAGCUUUGUGUAAAAUUGUUUUCAUGAGCUGUGUUGGUCAUGCAUGAUCAUGGCAAUUGCUAAGCAGCACAAACAUGUUCAAUUGUAAAACAAAUUGCACCAACUUGCCCAAGAAGAAGUUUCAUUAUAUAAUACUCAAUUGUGAUGUGGCAGCAGUGGUUGAAGCCGCUAGAUGAUCCGACUUGAUUUGCAACCACUUGCAUUGUGUGAUGUCUGCUGACAGGCCUCUUGCAGACUGCCAUCCUAAGUGAAGACCAUCAGCACAGCUCUGCCAACUUUUAUGUUAUCAUAACUGUACAUAGCAUGAUGACACACAGUAGGCCAGUGCCUACAGUGCCAGCCAGCAUUAUAAGAGAAAAGGCUAGCACACCUGCAUUGAACAACCAGCACUUAGGCACACGUUCAUGUGACCUCUGGCAUUGGAUGCCAACUGCUUAAAGUUGCACUCUAGUAUAUUCUCCUUUCAACAUGCAACGGCAAUCCCCAUUCUGUGCAAGUAAGAAGGAGUCAACACUGGCCAGCACUAUACAGACACUGUACUACCGAUGACUAUGCAUUCCAGAGUUACUUUAUUUCCCGUGACUAGUCCCUGUGCUCGUGUUAGCCAAAAAAAGCAUUAUUUAUUGAGAUGUCUCGGAAAACAUUAGUGUGUGCGUGUGUGUGAAGUUGUGUAUUUGUGGCUUGAAUGUAACUGACUGUGUAGAGGGCAUUGCUUCAGUAAAUGCCAAGACUCUUGCGUGUAUUAUAUGUAGUAGUGCCUCUCGGAUUGUUUUCAUGCCUUUAAAUGGGAACAAUUGCGUUUAGGUUCACAGAAACAUUUACUGCAUGCUCUGUCCCGAACAGCAGUGUGCCAUCUUUUGUUUUGUUUGCAAUAAAUUUUAAAGAGUCUG